GUCACUUUCCAUCGUUCGUCUACGUGAGAGAUACCCCUGACGCCCAGUUUCUCACUGGACUUGUAGAAAAAUAUCCCCGGCUUGACUUCUGGAUACCACCGGUUUCUAAAAGGAACAGCACAGUUCUAGUGCCUCCUCACAUUGUACAAGAGUUUAAGGUUGCCGUAAACAAACAUGGAAUGAGAACGUUUGUGUUGUCUGACGAUGUGCAAAGCAUUGUGGAUGCCGGAAGUAAACGGACGCCGGAAAAAGUAGUACUGGAGAAAAUGCGGGCUUCUGGUCAAGUGGUCGAUCAUUACAAUUAUCAUAAUUACAGCACGAUCCGUGACUACAUCAACAAACUGGAAUCUAAAUAUCCGAGAAGUGUUGGGGUGUCUACUUUGACUUUCUUCACACAAGAGGGCAGAUAUGUCACCUUUGCUAAACUGUCCAAUCCGUACAGCAGCAACAAGAAACCUGUCAUCAUUGUGGAAGCCGGGAUCCACGGCAGAGAGUGGAUCGCCCCCGCCGCAACUUUAUGGUUCAUGGAGAAGAUGUUACAAGACUAUCAGUCCCGGGAACCAACAGCCAAACUGAUGCUGGACAAGUACGACUGGUUCGUGGUGCCGGUUACUAACCCAGAUGGAUACCAGUACAGUCACACCACGGCAAGUGACCCAAUGUGGACAAAGAACCGACGCUACAUCCGUCGGGCUUGUCGGGGAGUCGACUUGAAUCGGAACUUUAAUACAAAGAUUGGCACCAGCGAUGCCAACCUCAGAGACCAGUGUGAAACAGAGUUUUACCACGGAUAUGAGCCUUUCUCCGAGCCGGAGUCGUUAAACAUCCGCGACCUGUUCGACAGUUUACAGCCGAGAGUGGUCGCUUAUGUCUCGGUCCGCGCAUAUGGGCAGUCUCUCCUGGUUCCCUGGAGCUACACCAGUGACGUGUCGCGGCCGGCUAACCAUGAUAAGCUGGACCGUGUGGCCAGUCUGAUGGCCCGAGCCCUUUCCCAAAGACACGGCAAUGAGUAUAGCUACGGGAUUGCCGAUCAAAGACUAGACCAUGCCGUAUCGGGAAAUGUUAUUGACUGGGUCCAGGCAAAAAAGCCAGAUGUGUACGCUGUAAUGUUAAAACUCCGACCCUCAAUCUCUGCAAUGAAUGGAUUCCUACUGCCGUCUUCUGAGAUCAUCCCUACGGGCGAGGAGCUCUACGACAGUCUCGCAGUGCUUGCCAGAGAAAUCCCCAGUUAA